CUCGAGACAGCCACCGUGAGUAUUGCAGCAAAUAGCAGCUGCGUCUUGCGACUGGCGUGCGGUGAGCGGUGAGCGGUGAGCGGUGAGCGGUGUGCGACGGUUUUCGGGAAUUGCUGUCCCUUGGGCAGCCUCAGGCAGCGGCACGGGAUUCGCAGGUUGCGCGUGUCUGCCAGCCAAAUCCGAACUUCUCUGCGCCGACGCCAACACCAGCAAAGCGCGACCCCGGGCUGGCCAGCAGAUCACUACGCGCAACGCACAGUAUGGCAGCGGCAGCAGUCAACGGCCAUCCUCACACCACACCCUCCGCCGACCACCAGCAAAUCGCCGCCCACGACCACAAGCGCAAACGCGACGACCCUACUACCACCACCGGGACAGGCACAUCAGAGGCACGAAUCAAACAGGCACAGCUGGAUAUUCUCCAAGUCCUGCAGACCCACGACACUACCCCAUCCUUUCUGCAACAUCCCUUGACACCUGGGAAAGCCUCAUCCGAGGAGCCAUCACAAAAGAAAGCCCGACUAUCAGACUCGAGCGGUGAUAAUGCCACCAUACAGACAAAGCUUAGCAAUACGCGCUACACCUCCCUCCAACAGCUAAAGGCCGAUGCCAGCACCGUCAGCGAAGACCUCACUGUCUCAAUUAGGAGCAAGGCGAGCGAGCGAAAUUCUGGGAAUGCCGGCAGACCAACUGUGGAAGAGCUGAAACAGAUUCAUCGCAUACAUUCACUGGAAAAUUUGAUCAAGGAGACUGUCGAUCGGGAAGCACAGUACAUCGAGGCGAAACGGGCAGAAGAUGUCAAGCCUAAGAAGGAGGAUAGCGGCUUGUCAGAUGCGCAGGAGGCUGAUACCAAAUCAGGCCUGGCUAAUGCCCGCGCUGGUACGGUGUUGACCUUGUUCGGCAAUGCACCAACCCCGAAGCAGUUGUUCUCGUCUAUGCAGAAUGCGCGCAAUGUCAGCCAGCAGACCUUCGUCAAGUCGGAGCUGCCUGUCGACGAGAUGCCGCUACCGCCGGGCUUGACCGCGACCAAAGUCAUGUCUGCUCCCGCCGACCAGACCAAGAAGGGACCCACCUUCGACCAAGCAUUCGCUCCACCAUACAGUCUCGCUGCACUACAACCGCCAAAAGCGCACAAGCGAUCAUCGACGCGAGACAAUUCUCUCGCCUGGGAGUUCAAAGAUCCCAUUCAGCGGAACAAGAAAGGUGGCUACACGGUCCAGCCAUUGACCGUCAGCACGUGGCUUGAUUAUGGCGGUUUGGAUGGUGAAGAGCCAGUUUCACCACGUGAGAGGCGGAAGCAACGCGAUCGCGCGUUGAGCACAAGCGGCGAGACUGCAGAGACACCGGACAAGGAGCUGUCUGUGGAAGCAUUGAAGAGGCAAGAAGAGGCAUUAUUCCGCAAAGCCUUCUCCAGCUUCGCGCCAAGUCGCGACGAUUCCAACGCUGUUGUGCCCGAAGAGGUCAAGGAUCUGGUCUGGUGGCAUAAGGUCGGCAACAAGCGGUUCAACGACACAUUCGCAAUUGACCCGGCGCUGCUGGACGAGACUUCCACAUCUGACCCACCUAUGGAGACGAUUGAAGAUGAGUUCAAGGAGGAGGAUUUCGGCAAGGUUAUAGAAGAUCUCGACGAGCUCGAGAAGACCGCGGUCGCCCCAGAUCCAGAGCCCGUCACCAUGAAGACGGAUGUAGAACAAGUCUUGCGCGAGGUCUCAGAAUUGCUGGAAACGCUCGCCUCACAUCAACGCAUCCGCAACUCUACGCUUCCCACCUCGAACGGAGCUGCACGCACACCCAUGAGUCCUGCGCCUCUCACGGCUGCCAAGAUUGGGAAGCCUGACGAGCCGUCCGAUGAAGAGAUCUCCACGUACAACAACUUGCGGCGAGAGCUGGCAUACCUCAUCUUGAAGCUGCCCCCUUAUGCUGUCGCCAAACUGGAUGGAGACCAGCUAUCAGAUCUCGGCGUUAGCAAGCUGCUUACAUUCCAGUCUCAAGAUGUCAAGGGAACUCUGGAGGAAGACCAGGUUACGAGAUCUGCCAAAGCACAAGCUCAAGCCACAGCUAACAGCAUCGCCAACCUAGCUCGUCCAAACUCAUCUGCCGGACAGCAUUACAAUACCACUGCACAGCGAACACCGGCAAUAGGGCAGGCAGCAAAUACACGGUAUGGUCAGCAGUACGGACAGCGCACACCUGCACCUGCCACAUCUCUACAACGACAAACGAGCAACCAAUCGUACGCCACUCCGACGGCCGCUCCGAGACCAUCAUAUCUCUCGCAAAACCAAUACACCCGCCCAGGCGCCGCCCCACCUUCCUAUCAUCAACCACAGCAGUAUCACCAGCAGCGGCCUCCGCAGCAAGGCGGCUACCUCUACAACCAACAAUAUCAGCAAACUCCAGUCCAGCAGCGUCCCAACUAUCCGUCGCAAAACAAUCAGCAGUAUCAGCAAUACCAGCAGCGCUCUCACACUGCAGCCGCCAAUGCGGUCGGAUACCAGACUAACAGUCCAGCGCAACAGCAGUAUUAUCAGAAUCGGACAGCAUCGCCAUCCAAGCCAGGUUAUCCCACUCCGAUGCAUCAGCAACCCACGCCCCAGACAGGUGUACAGAGACCAAUCGCUCAAGCUCCUCCUCAACCACAACAGCCUGGGUCUGGUAGAGCAACGCCGGUCCUGGGAGUAAACUAUCCCAGUCAACCGCACACCCCAGUCAAUGGAUUUGCCCCACCUCCAAGACAGCCACAGCCAGGACUUGCUCCCAGACCUUCCAGUAGCACGCCUCAACCGAGCCCUUACCAAGCACCACCUGGACAGAUGCAGCAACCUGCGGCAAUUCAGGCAAAUGGACAAUCGUGAGUCGGUCCCAACCAAACCAAUGUAGUGGUAGUGGUAGAGGGCGGAGAGAUGGCCGGCAGUCAGGCGGGAGCGAGGAUGGGUGAUCAAGUUUGUAGGUUCUGAUUUGUUGACUGUUGCCCAGGCCGUCUCAAGAUACAACACGUAAUGAUACAAGUUCAAACGAUUCGUCAUCUCUUGGGUGCGGGCAAUGCGGUAAAGUUUUCAGAUACCGUGAGUGGUUUAAGAAGCACGUUCAGGCCUGUAAGGGGUAGCAUUCAGAUAUCGGCCGCCUACUCGCGUCACCUCAUCAGAGCGGGCACUGCUGGGAGUUGUGUCCAAGCUUGGAGGAAGCUAAGUACCAUGCAAAUCGGAGGGCAUCUCCUCACUUCCGACCCAUGAUGAAUGCGAGCGAUGCGGCGAGACUGUUCGAAGCAUUCGCGAUAUCAAUCCACAUGUCGCUGCUAACCUAAGUGUUUGGAGCAAAGCCAAAAGCAGCCUUUCCAGCCCCCCG